UCUCAGGGCACUAGACCAAGCAGUCACUGGAAAACAAGUUUUGGUGUCAGAGCCUUCAGUGGGCUGAAAGGCUGCUUUUCAGAGACAGGCCCAUGGACACAGCACGGAUUGCAGUCGUUGGAGCAGGUGUGAUAGGGCUUUCCACUGCCGUGUGCAUUUCCAAACUGGUUCCUGGAUGYUCCAUCACCAUCAUCUCAGACAAAUUUACUCCAGAUACCACCAGUGAUGUGGCGGCCGGGAUGCUUAUUCCUCAUAUUUAUCCAGACACACCCAUCCAUACACUGAAGCGGUGGUUUCAAGACACCUUUGAUCACCUGUACGCAAUUGCCUGUUCUGCGGAAGCUGCAGAUGCUGGUGUUCAUCUGGUGUCAGGUUGGCAGAUAUUUCGGAGCAUUCCUGCUGAAGAAGUGCCAUUCUGGGCUGAUGUGGUUCUGGGAUUUCGAAAGAUGACAGAGGCCGAGCUGAAGAAAUUCCCUCAACAUGUGUUUGGUCAGGCUUUUACAACCCUGAAAUGUGAAACCUCUGCUUACCUCUCCUGGUUGGAGAAAAGGAUAAAAGAAAGCGGAGGCCUGCUACUCACCAGACRCCUGGAAAACCUGUGGGAGCUUCAGCCGUCCUUUGACAUCGUGGUCAACUGCACAGGCCUGGGAAGCCGACAGCUUGCAGGAGACCCAAUGAUUUCCCCUGUAAGGGGCCAAGUGCUCCAAGUUCAGGCCCCCUGGGUGAAGCAUUUUAUCCGAGAUGGGAGUGGGCUGACAUAUAUUUACCCUGGUGCCUCCCAUGUAACCCUGGGUGGAACUAGGCAGAAAGGAGACUGGAAUUUGUCCCCAGAUGCACAGAUUAGCAGAGAUAUUUUCUCCCGGUGCUGUGUGCUGGAGCCCUCCCUCCACAGAGCCUGUAUCACAAAGGAGAAGGUGGGCUUGAGGCCCGUCAGGCCAGGUGUGCGGCUGCAGAAAGAGCUCCUAGCCCACGGGGAACAGAGGUUGCCUGUGGUCCACCACUAUGGCCAYGGGAGUGGGGGCAUCUCAGUGCACUGGGGUUCUGCUAUGGAGGCUGCCAGACUGGUCAGCGAGUGUGUCCAGGCCCACAGGACCCCGUCUCCUACAUCAAAGCUAUAGAUGACAUGAAAAGACAGCAAAUAACCCCAGAGACUAUUGAUCAAAGCACAAUUUAAGUUCCAGAACAGGUUCAAAUAACUUUUCCAUUUCAUGAAAGCUUAAUUAGACAGUUUUUGUUUUCAAAAUUAGAAAAGAUGCAGCAYGUAUCCAUACACUUAGGAAGUCUAGUGCUAACAACACAGGGCACAGAACUAUUUCAGUUAAAAAAAAAUACUUGUUUUGUAGGGUAAGAUCAUUUUGGGAUCUAAUAUUCAAGGAUCUAUACUAAUUUAUAGGAAAGCCAGAAGUUGCAGGUAUUUUGAUAUCUUUUGGCUCAUAAAUCCACAAGAGGAGAUAAUGUAUGGAAAAAAGUCCUUGUCGAUUGCAGAGCUGCUCACGAUCCUYCAAGGUUAUAGCCAAGUGAACAUUAUAAUUCCUCUAAAUAAAAUGACAUGGUGAUCAUCCGCUGCAGACUUGGUACAUUUUACUGAAGACAAAGCAUGAUUUCUGUUAGGACUUGGCAACCUUUCCUUCCUCUCUGCUGGUAAUGGUGGUGGAAGACAGAUGCGGUUGCCCAUGGAUGUGGCAUCAAUUCCGUAGCUGCCUGGGGCCCAUCACCCAAGGGUUGUGUGCUUCAUUACCACACAUGAUUGGCAGCCAGCCUGAAUAGUUCACUUUGCCUCAGCAUUUUUGAAUAUUGAAUGAUAUAUGCAUCCAAGGAGCUAAUUUGCUAAUUGAGAUAAACUAAUCAUUCUGAAUGAAAUAUAGCCAAAARGUAUUUUUCAGUCUUUAAAAAGUARGGAGGAAGAGGGGAAUAUGUGUCAUAAAAUGAGUUUUGGAAUUUCUGAGUUAUAUAAAUUUAACCUGGMUUUUGGACUCAGGUAUAUUCAGAUCCUUUAAUGUGUCUGUGUGUAUUAUGAAUCUUCAGGAGGGUUUUUGGCUUUYGUGGAUGGAAAAGAAGGUGCUAGUCACCAAGGUGAGGAAGAUUAAGAAGAAGAAAUAAAUUUUCUUUUAACUUUG